UAUGUAAAAGCAUUUAGAGUUAGUGUAAUCAAUGACUCAACCAAAAUUAGAAGCAUCUAAUCCUUGGUUAGUUGCAGGAAUCCUCAGAACUUAACUAUAGAAUGUACUUUAUAAUAAGGAUCAAUUCAAAGAGAUUGAUGAAGAAUUUAAAGAUUUUGGAAAAUUGUGCAAUGAAGUACUUUAUGAAUUUAGUGUGGAUGCAGAGUUGAAUCCACCUAAAUUAAUUAAAUAGGAUGUGUAUGGGAAUGUAGUUGAUAAAUUAGUAUUAGGUGAAGGUUGGAAAAAGGAAAAAGAAUAUGCUGCAAAAGUAAUAAUAUGAUCUAAAUAGUGUGGAAUAGUAGCAAUGGCAUAUGAAAAUAAAUAUGGUAUUUGGAAUAGACUAAUAUAAUUAUUGAGAUUGUAAUUGUACUAACCAGUGUCUGGAUUAUUUGUAAGAUAUUAAUUGAUUCUUAAAUUAAUAGGGGUGUCCUUUAGCUAUGACAGAUGGUGCAGCAUACUUACUUAAAUAAUGGUUAAUCAAUCCAACCACUUAAUGUUAAGAAACUCUUAAAUUAGUACGAUAAGGAUUUGAAAAUUUAACAUCAAGAGAUCCAUCUAAAUUUUGGACUUCUGGACAAUGGAUGACUGAGAAAGAUGGUGGAUCAGAUGUCACUAAUUCAACUACUACAAUUGCUAUACAUUAAGGAGGUAAUAAAUACAAAUUAUAUGGAUAUAAAUGGUUUUCAUCAGCAACUGAUAGUGAAAUGACGUAUUUGUAUAAUCUAAAUAAUUAGAUUGGCUUUGGCAAGAAUAGUACCAGAAAAAAAUAUAGAAGAUUUCAGAAAAUAUCCAUUAUCAUUAUUUAUAAUGAGAGUGAAAAAGGAUGAUGGUUCUUUGAAUAAUAUAAGAAUUAUGACAAUGAAAGAUAAAAUGGGUACUAGAUAAUUACCAACAGCAGAAUUAUUGCUUUAAGGAAGUGAAGCAUUUUUAAUUAGUGAAGAAGGCAAAGGUGUAAAAGGAAUAAGUCAUAUGUUAAAUGUAACUAGAUUGUAUAAUGCAUCUUCAGCUAUUGGAUCUAUGAAUAGAUUAUAUUCAAUAGUAGUUAAUUAUUCUUUGAAAAGAAAAGCUUUUGGAUAAGUUUUAAUAGAAAAACCUGCUCAUUAAGCAAUGCUUACUAAAUUCAAUCUGAAUGUCAGAGCAUGUAGUUUAUUCUAUUUCAAAGUGGCAUAAUUAUUCUCUAAAAUAUAAAAUAAUGUUGCUUCAAAAGAUGAUGAGGAAAUGUUUAGAAUAUUAACUCCAUUGUUAAAAUUAUAUACUGCAAAAAUCUGUAUGUAUUGGAUGAGUGAGGGUAUUGAAGCCUUAGGUGCUUUAGGAUACAUGGAAAAUAGUUAUAUCCCUUUAAUGUUAAGAGAUGCUUAAGUACUUACAAUUUGGGAAGGUACAACAAAUGUUUUAUGUUUGGAUUUCUUAAGAGCUCUCAAAUCUAAUGAUAAAAAUGAUCCUCUUCAGAAACUUGAUGUCUAUGCAAGAUUCCAUACACAUGUUAUGAUGACUUAAUUAUCAGCUGAUACAUAAUUACCAGAAACCAGGAAGACUUUUAUACCCUACAUAGCUAAAAUGACUAUCAAUCACAAUGGAGUCAUUGCUGAAUUAUCUAAUAUAUUAUAAGGAUCUAUAAAGUACUCAGAAAUGAGAAUUAGAGAUCUCUGCUUUAUGUAUUAGAUUAAUAAUAAAUAAUAAGUUUAUGUGAAUCAUUUGUAGGAGGAUAGAUGUUAGAAUUGAUUUCAAAAAAUGGAAGAGAAGAAGAUAUCAUCAGUUUUGAAUUAUGGGUUGAAUAAAUGUAAUCAUAUACAACUACUUGGUCUAUUACACCCAAAGCAUUUGAAAUUCUAGUAAAAGAAAAUAUAAUCAAAUCCAAAUUAUGA